CAUGCCAUGCUGGGCCAGAAGGGCUCCGGGAGACAUGCACUUACCCAUAUCCGGGUUGGAGGAAAAAAGUUUCAUUUAAACCUGGACAACAAACUUUCAGCAUGAUGCCUCACUGACAGCGCCACAGGCGCGGCUGUCAGCGACUCAUUUCACCGCGGAUUAUUACGAGCAUUACAGCGCUAGAACAGAGCUUCGUUUUUCAAUUGAACAUUUUUUACCUGCUUGACUUUUUCCUCAGUCUGUUUUUUUUGUUGUGUGUGAGAGUGUUCUUCUCGUGGGUCAGUGUCCCUGUCUGAAAUGUUUAAGUGACAAUGGCUGCGCAAGUGGCAUCAGCACCGACGACAACUAACAAUAAGAAAAAUAAAUUGUCUGGCAGUUUGGGGCAAGAGAUACAUUCGGGGAAAUCGGGAGGAGGAACUAUAUCGAGAUCUGGAGCAAUGCUUGGAGCUGGAGAUGGGACUAACACAAUGAAUAAUGUAGACCAUCACCAUCAAAACGAGCUGAACAUGGUCAAUUCAACUUCUCCGAAUAACAAUUCUGACACACGGGAGAAGGAGAGUGGAAAUAACAUAACAUCGUCAAAUUCGACGACCUCUCUGGAGGGAAUGGAGACGGGUUUGAUAGCAAACCAUAAACAGAACAAUGUGAGUGGAGAUCCCCCUCUGCACCUCACGCCGCCGCAACAGCAGUCACAAUUUAACCCGUUUCCUCAGCAUCAGCAGCGCCAGAUACAAAGUAACAACAUCAACAACAGCCAAGCGACAAGGGGGGAGAGUGAGAAUCAGCACCACGGAGGGAAGAGGGGUGUUUUGGCGAGCCAGACAGAGCAGCAGAUGCUGAGUAAAGGUGAAGGGGAUCAUACCUGUAAACCAGGGGAGCGAAUGGGUGCCAGGUAUGAACAUGCCAAUUUGGGACCAACGACCGAAAUCAGCAGCCAGCCCCAGAGCGCAGGAGGGAACAGCGCUAUUUCAGAGUUUAAUAACUACUAUGGCACUUCCAGAGUAGGGGCCUGCUAUGAUCAACAUGGCGGACAAAACACUGGGAUGGGGAUGAUGCACUCCUCGGGACCCAACAACAUGGACCCAGUGCACAACUCCCACGAAGGAUACCACAACAGCCAGUACAACCACUACUCUGGCUACCGGCAGGGCUACGGUGGAGCGGGCUACGGUAUGAUGGCCCCGUCCAGACAGGGCAGUAACAUGCUGAUUGGCCCUGGCAGCAACACUCCAGCUAGCCAUGUCAAGGCUGCUAUGGGAGCUGCUUCCUCCGGUUCUGGUGGAAGUGUUGGGGGCUUUCAGAGAUUCCCAGGACAUACUCAGCAUCCCUCGGGAGCCACCCCAACUCUAAACCAACUGCUGACGUCUCCAAGUCCAAUGAUGCGAGGUUAUGGCAGUGGCUAUCAUCAAGACUAUAACAGUCCCUCUGCACAACAACAAGCUGGCAUCGGUUUAGGCAAAGACAUGACUUCUCAGUAUGGCUCCACAACCCAUGGCUGGCCAGGGCAACAGAGAAACCACCCGUCCAUGAGUCCUGGAAACGGAGGGCAAGGUAUCAGCAGACCACAGGUGGCUUCCGUGGACUUCAUGGCUAUGAAGCGCUCCCAUCUCUACGGGAUGGGCAACAACCCCUACUCUCAGCAGCAGCAGGGCGGGCCCUACCCCAGCCAGCCAUACGGAUCGCCCGCUACACACAGAUACCCAAUGGGAAUGCAGGGGAGGGGCCAGGCGGGCAUGGGCGGCAUGCAGUACCCUCAACAGCAGGUUCCCCCCCAGUACGGCCAGCAGGGUAUGGGAGGAUACAGCCAGCAGCAGCAGGGAACACCUCCGGGAUCCUACUUCAGCCCCCCCCAGCAGAACCCCACCGCCCCCACACAGCCCCCCUACCUGCCUCCCCGCGCCCCACCCCAGCAGGAGGCUCCGCAGGAGAGCUACAGAGGCAGCACCAGGAGUCAGCAGCAUGUCCCAGGGAAUUCUGGGAAGGCCAACCUUGAGGACAUGGGUCUGAUCCCGCAGGACCGCCCCUCCAGCCUCCCGGACCUGUCUGGUGCCAUAGACGACCUCCCUACAGGGACGGACGCUGGUCACAGUUCAGCCGUCAGUGCUACAGGCUCCACCAGUAGCCAGGGGGAGCAGAGUAACCCGUCCCAGUCACCCUUCUCACCCCACGCAUCACCCCACCUGUCUGGCCGAGGCAGUGGCCCAUCGCCCUCUCCUGUUGGCUCCCCCGUGGGCUCCAACCAAUCACGCUCCGGCUCUGGCCCAAUCUCCCCAGUUAGCGGCCCAACCACAGCACAAGGGUCCCAGAUGGCCCCCCAGAUCCCCGUCAACACGUCGGAUGUCCCUCACUCCCCCUUGACGCAGUCCCCCAUGCCUCAGGAGAGGGGCUUUAUGUCCAACAUGCAGAGAAACCAGUGUGGCUCCCAGUUUGCAACACCACCACCUCAGUCGGGGCCUUCCAUGUCCCCUCACCCCUCUCCUGGUCCUGGUCCUGGAGGACAAAUGUACCCAGGGAUGGGGCCCAGGCCCUACCCCCCGGGUGGCUCCAGUGGCCCCUACGGACCCCAGGGAUCCCAGGCAAACCAGUAUGGACCCCAAGGUAACUACCCACGUCCACCCAACUACGGUGGGACCCCCAGUGCCAACUACAGCGGUCCCGGCCCUGGCAUGACCAACAGCCUGGGUAUGAAUGCCAGUAGCCCCAUGCACGGCCAGGGUCCCGGGCAGCCCAUGCCCAUGGGCCGCAGUCUUGGCGCGGGCAGCCGACCCUACCCCAACAUGGCCCCCAGCUCCCCCAGUAUGCCCCAGCCGGCAGGCCCAGGGAUGGGCCCUCCUUCACUGGGCAACGUCAACCGCAAGGCCCAGGAGGCAGCCGCUUCCGUUAUGCAGGCCGCAGUCAACUCUGUACAGAGCAGUAGACCUCCCUAUGUGAGGUCCACAGCCCUCCACACCUCUUCUGGACCCAGUCCCCUGCCCCCUUUCUCCACCACACCCACCCCUCCUCCUCCUCCUCCUCUCCAACCUCCCCACCCCAACUACAACACCCCUCAUUCUCAGCAACACGGACAGGGCAGCUACCCAGGCCCUAGCAUAAACCAGAUUGUGCCCUCCAUCAACCAGUCACAGGGCAACAACUCAGGCAUUGGCAUGCCACAGGGUCCACCCUACAAUAUGCCACCCUCAGGGCCCUUGGGGACGGCUGGGGAUGGGAUGGUGACUCCUGUUGGGAAGCAGAAAAUGGAUGGCAAGGAGGAGAGCAUGCCCACCAAUGAACCUCCCAGACCCAAGGAUGGCUACAGUGGAUCCCAGUGUGUCUCCCAGCCCACCACCCCUGGUGCCAUGCCUGUCCCCUCUCCCCUGUCCCCCAGCCCAGCCAGCCUGUCCUCCUACCAUGGGGAUGACAGUGACAGCAUCAGCAGCCCCGUCUGGCCAAAGACUCCCUCCAGCCCUAAGCCCAACUCGUCCACCAUGACUAACGAGCAAAUCACACGUCUGUAUGAUAUGGGUGGGGAGCCGGAGAGGCGUGGCUGGGUGGACCGCUACCUGUCCUUUAUGGAGGAGAGGGGUACACCUGUUCCCCACCUCCCUGCCGUGGGCAAGAAGCCCCUGGACCUCUACAGACUGUACAUGGUGGUCAAGGAGAUAGGGGGCCUGGCCAUGGUGAACAAGAACAAGAAGUGGCGAGAGCUGUCCACUAGUCUGAGUGUUGGUACCUCCAGUAGCUCCGCCAGCUCUCUGAAGAAGCAGUACAUCCAGUACCUGUUUGCCUAUGAGUGUAAGGUGGAGCGGGGAGAGGAGCAGCCGGCCGACAGCAACACUGGGACUGGGGGGGACAACAGGAAGCAGGCCAAGUUGCAGCCGCCCUCUCCUGCUAACUCAGGGUCCCUGCAGGGCCCCCAGACCCCCCAGUCGUCAGGCAGCAGCUCCAUGGCAGAGAUGUCAGGUGACCUGAAACCCCCCACCCCAGCCUCAACCCCCCAGGGCCAGGUCACCCCCAUCCCAGCCAGCAGGAACAGUGUGGUCAGUGUGCAGGACCCGUUCUCUGAGGUGAGCGACCCGGUCUUCCAGAAGCGUAACUCCCUCCCCCCGGGGGGCCCUGGGGGACUGUACCAGCAGGGGGUCAACAUGCCCCCUGACGUGAUGAUGAGGAUGCAGUACGAGAAGGACCCCUUCGCUGGCAUGAGGAAGGUGGCAGGAGGGGAUUCCUACAUGCCAGGCCAGAUGCCCAGCGGUGGCAUGCAGGAGAUGUAUGGCAGGCCUCCAUCAGGCAUGGGCCAGCGUUCCCAGUACCCAUACGGACCAGGCUACGACAGGAGACCAGACCAUGUGAUAGGGAUGGAGGGGAGCAUGGGCACCCCCGGGAGCCAGAGCAACAUGGGACCUUCCAACAGCGAGGGCAGCAUAUACUCUCCCAACAGAUACCCCUCCCAGCUUAGACAUGAGGGUUACGGGCAGCAGUACCCUGGCAUGUCAUAUGGAAUGCACCCCUCAGGGAUGUACCCACAACAACAGGGUUACAAGCGCCCCAUGGAGGGCAUGUACGGCCCCCCAGGCAAGAGGCACGAGGGGGAGAUGUACGGCCCCCCAGGCAAGAGGCACGAGGGGGAGAUGUACGGCCCCCCAGGCAAGAGGCACGAGGGGGAGAUGUACGGCCCCCCAGGCAAGAGGCAUGAGGGGGAGAUGUAUGCCAUGCAGUACGGCAGCCAGCAGCCUGACAUGUACAACCAGUACAGCACUGGUUAUUCUGGUCCUGAGAGGAGGCCCAUGCAGGGCCAGUUCCCUUACCCCUCCCCCUACAGCCGAGAGCGCAUGCAGGCCUCUGGCCAGGGGCAGCACCCCCAGCAACCCAUGGGUCCCCAGAUGAUGGCCGGGGGGCCACCCUCCAACAACGGAGUAGAAGGACCCCAGGGGCCCAACAUGUGGCCCUCUAGGACAGACAUGGGUUAUCCCUACUCUAACAGACAGGGGGCACCCUCCCAGGUACCGUCAUACGGUCCUUUGGGGAGAGGAGAGGAUAUGGAGGGCCGACCCAUCCAAGAUGGUCAGUGGCUCGGGCACGGAGGCCAUUGCCAGUCCUCCUACAUGUCAGGUGGUAUGACACCUAUGUCCUCUCGCCAGCCCCCCUCUGCCUACCAGACCUCCCCCUCCAUGGCCAACCACCUGCCCCGAGCACCCAGCCCCGGCUCCUUCCAGCGCUCCAUGGAGGCACGGAUGUCCCCCAACAAAGCUGCCUAUAUGGGCUCCAUGAAGAUGCCAUGCAAACCGGGCAUGCCCAUGCCAGGGCAGGGUAGUGGGCACCCAGGCCAGGUCCCACCUAACCUGCGGAGAGACCUCAACUACCCUCUAGGAUCUGUAGAGGCCACCAUGCCCCUUCUCAAGCCCCGCCGCAAAAUGACCUCAAAGGACACUGGAACCCCAGAGGCGUGGCGAGUGAUGAUGUCUCUGAAGUCGGGUCUGCUGGGUGAGAGUACGUGGGCCCUGGACACCGUCAACAUCCUGCUGUAUGAUGACAGCACUGUGGCCUCCUUCACCCUCGCACAGUUGCCUGGCUUCCUGGAGCUGAUAGUGGAGUACUUCAGACGCUGUGUGAUGGAGAUCUUUGGCAUCCUGGAGGAGUAUGAGAUAGGGACCAUCGGCCAGAAGACCCUGCUGGGGCCUGAAGCCUGUAACCAUAGAGAUGAGCUGACCUCUGAACCUGAGAUGGACUGUGAGGCCAGCCAACCAGAGCCUGAGUCUGAACAGGAGGUGGAGAGGGGGGAGGUAGAGAAGGGGGAAGUAGAAAAUGGGGAGGACAAACCUGCUGACAUCACAGAGAAAAUUACAGUGGAACUGAUGUCACCCCCCAGUGCAACGGUACCAGCCCCUGAGGGAACGAAGGAGGAAUCUGAAGCCGAAGUGAAGGUAAAGAAGGAAGAGGGGGAGAAAGAACAGGAGGGAGAGAAAGGGAAAGAAGAAGGAGAAAAGCCCACAGAGAGUAAGAAAGUCCCAGCUGAAAGUAAGGAAGACUAUCCUAAUCAGUCAGAGCCAAGGCCACAACAGGCCAGCAAGUACGACAAGUUUCCCAUUAAGAUCCUGCACAAAGAGGACCUGAUUGAGGACAUGACGGAGCGGCUGGCUCACGUGACAGAGUUCACUAGUGGACUGCUCCACUGGCAGGUAGGCGGGGGGGAUUCCACGGCCCACAUCCAGACCCACUUUGAGGGCAGGGGAGAGCAGCCUGACAGGACGGAGGGAGAGAGAGACGAAUGUGCUAUUCUGAAUAAAGAACAGGAGACUGACUCGAGGACAGAGGAGAAGGGGAAUCGUAUCACCGCCACCAUCGAUGACAUACUGUGUGCCCGGCUCGAGGCUCUGUCAGAGGGCCACCCCACCCACUCUGCCCCCACCUACCCAUUCAGGCUGCACCAGGGUGGGGGCCACAAGCACAUCACCCUGCUGGAGGACGAGCCCCGCUGUUUGAACGAGGCUCCCCUCUCAGCAGCUUCUCCUUGGCAGGACUCCCUGGCCAAGCGCUGCCUCUGUGUGUCCAACAUCCUCCGCAGCCUCUCCUUCAUCCCUGGGAACGACUCAGACAUGUCCCGUCACCCAGGCCUGGUACUGAUCCUGGGCAGACUGCUGCUGCUCCACCACCAGCACCCAGAGAGGAAGAGGACGUCCCCUAGCUACCAGAGAGAGGAGGUGCAGGAGCGGGGCCUGGCCUGCAGUAAGGAUGAGUGGUGGUGGGACUGUCUCACUGUACUCAGGGAGGACACCUUGGUCACCCUGGCUAACAUCUCUGGCCAGCUGGACCUUUCCCUCUACCCAGAGACCAUCUGCCUGCCCAUCCUGAAUGGCCUACUCCACUGGAUGGUGUGUCCCUCUGCCGAGGCCCAGGACCCCUUCCCCUCGGCCGCCCCCCACUCCCCCCUAACCCCCCAGAGACUGGUGCUGGAGUGCCUGUGCAAGCUGAGCAUCCAGGACAACAACGUGGACCUGCUACUGGCCACGCCACCGUUCAGCCGCCAGGAGAAGCUGUAUGCCACCUUGGUGCGCUACGUGGGUCAGCGUAAGAACCAGGUUUAUCGCGAAAUGGCUGUGGCCACCCUCUCCAACCUGGCACAGGGGGACUCCACGUCGGCACGCGCCAUCGCAGUACAGAAAAGCAGCGUGGGUAACCUGAUGUGCUUCCUGGAGGAUGGGGUGAGCAUGGCCCAGUACCAACAGAACCCCCACAGCCUGCUGCACAUGGCCCACCACCCCCCCAUGGAGCCCCCCAGUGUUAACAUGAUGUGUCGGGCUGCAAAGGCUCUGCUGGCUAUGGCCAAGGUAGAGGAGAACAGGCCAGAGUUUGUCUUGUAUGAGGGCAGACUCCUGGACAUCUCCAUCUCCUCUGUGCUCAACCCGGGGGUAGCCAGCAUUGUAUGUGAAGUACUCUUUCAGUUUGUUAAAAAAUUAUGACAGGAGGAUAGACAGGCCCGGAGCCAAGAGAUGGACAGAGAGACGAUAAGAUGAAAACGUUAUUCUGUGGUUUUAUAGUUUUAUUUAA